AUGAAUCAUACGAAAGAAAGCCAUCUAGUCAACACGCACGUUAACAAGCCAUGGAACGUUGGAAGUAAUGAGUUCGUUUUAGCUGUGACAUUGUUAGGUAAGUGCUUGACAUAUGUACUUUAUAUGGGUAUUAAACCAAAUUACUUCGCCUUUACUUAAUAUAUUGUUUCGUAUACCUUUUGCGUUAAAAUUCUAAAAUGUUUUCAAUAGAGAGGAGAAGUCCUUACGUCACGUUGCCAUGGUAGCAAAAUUUUGGGCUGACAACAAACCGAAAAUUCACUUAAAAAGUAAAUUCGCAAUGUUUCAAACUUCAUCGAUUUUAUUCAGUUUCAUUUAAUUUGUUAAAUGUUGGCGAAAUUUUCUGGAUUUAAUCCGAAAAGGGGGCUACAGAGGCACUUCUUAGAGGCUGCCGACACAACAGUGCCUCAAACAAAAACACUUCAUGCAAGGCAGAGUUUGAGAUAAGUACCCCUUUCACUUCCAACUAGGUCAUGGAUCAUCCAGUGGCGCAAGGAAUGGAUGAUUGCAUGUACUAACCAUCUUUCAAAAUUACAUCUCUGAAUCCUCCACUCAACCCCCUGCUGGACCUCUCACGUGCUUCCUGGGUCAGGCAAAAUCAAGAAGACAUCUAUAGCAUAGCCUGCGAAAACAUCCGUUUCUCCUCGCUCUUCGCCGGUGUGGGCGUUUCGCGCGUUUCGUUUCGUUUCGUUUCGUUCCUCUUCGCGAAACGUCCCCAGCGGCGAAGAGCGAGGAGAAACGGAUGUUUUCGCAGGCUAUGCUAUAGAUGUCGCAGGUUAUCUAUAGCAAGGCUUUUUAAGGUAUCAAGCACCCUCCUCCCGUUGAUCGGUGCUAGCGCUUUUGCUUUUAAAUGCCUCCAUAAACCCUACAUUUUCUGAAAGCUUAAUAGUUCCAGAUUAUUGCUUAUUUCUUUUAAAAAAAAUCAAAAUAUUAACGCGAUUCAGAAAUGAGAGGCUUUUUGUGAAAGUGGGUGUCACUGUAAAUUUAAGUCCAGGCCAGCCAAAUGUAAACGGAAGAAGCCAAUUAAGAUCGCAUUCGCUUCUUAACACGUUGGACUAAAAAACCGUGUCUCAGAUUUUUGUCAAGUGGGUUUGUUCUUUUGUGUUAAGCAGUUGAAGUUAUACAGUUUUAUACUGUUUUUGCAUUUUUUCAUCCUAUUUUUGAUUUAUUUCCACAAUAUAUGCGCGCCAUUGCUUUUCUUCUUCUGUGGUAUUUUAAUACUAUUUUCAAAGUGUAUUUAUUGUAUUUGCAAAUACGAGUAUUUUACUAAAUUUCGAAACCGAUUAAACAGCUAUUAAAAUAUAUUUUGAAUUAUAACAUUUUAAUAGCGUUUUAAAGAGGUUAAAACACCUUUAAAAUCAGUCGAAAAAUACAUUAAAAAUAUAUUUUUGUACCUAUUUUAAACCUUUUUUUUUUUUUUUUCAAAUAUGUUUAAAAUUGCCAUUAAAAAUAGUUUUAAAAUAGUAUAGCAAAUUAAAAUAUGCUUCUGAAACUGUUUUUAUCCUGUUUUUAUUCAGAUUUAUAAGGUAUAUAAAAACUGUUUUAGAGCUGUUUUGAGCCUUGCAAAAGCCCUGGAAUUUUUUAUACAUUUUAAACGAAUAUUAAAAUACUUUAAAAAUUCUUUUUUAAUAGCGUUUUAAACAGGUUAAAACACCUUUAAAAGCAGUCGAAAAAUACAUAAAAAAUUAAACUUCUCACCCUAUUUAAAACUUAUUUCACAAAACAAGUUAAAAACAGUUUUCAAAAAUAGCUUAAAAAUACAUUCAAAACAGUGUUGGAUUUGGUAAGGGUAUGGAUAGCAAAUCAUUAGCACUACCUUUGAAAAUAUACUCUUACCCGAAAACGAAAAAAGAAAUCAAAAUUCGCAGACACGGUUUUUGGAAAAACUAUCUGACAGGAAGUUGGCCAAAUUUCAGCCAAAGUGGUUCACGGGUUGCCGACUUGGAGUUUAAAACGUACCCUCAACUUGCCCGUGACGAGAUUAUAACAGAUUAUAACACCAAAGCCUUCAAUGUUGAUGCAUAACAGAAAAGGGACAACAAUAGUGACACAGCAGGAAAAGGUUACAAACGAAACCCGACAACAGAUGAACAAUUUAUUUCAAAGGCUCUGCUCUGUUCGAUCCUUCUGUUGUCGAGAAAGCCUCUUUAGUUAUUUUUUUACUGCGACGGGCAGUUUUCAUUUUGAGCCAAGCCAACUUUUACUCGAUACAUUUUCUAAAAGUUCGACACUUCCUUGGAAAAAUCGACAACAAAACGCUUCCUGGAGUUUUUCUUGAAGCUGCUCUUCCGCUACAAUAGACUUUCAAAAAAGUCCUUCGUCCGAUUUUUAUAUGGCGCGGGACCUGUCGCGAAUUUGUCGCUCGCUUGGCCGCUUCGCAGCCUAAAAAGCUCGCUCCGCUCGCUAAGAAACUCGUGCAACUCGAUUUCGCGGUAGUUUCAAUGGGUUUUUCAGAAGCUUUGUCAUCUUUUAGUCAUUUUUCUUGUUUGUAGUAGGAGCCCUUGUCGCUCUCUGCUAAUUUCGAAGCCCACACGUCUUGGAGUCGAGGACGAAAACGGACAAGCUCUUUUUUCUUCUUUGGAGGCAUUCACUUCCAAAAUCCAGGGAAAAACAGUGAGCAACUAUACCCGUAUACCAUUGCUUCAUUAGCUUGGUUCAACAGCGGCGCGCGUAUCAAGUAUGACAGGACUUGUCAACGAUCAAUUAAAAUAAUUGGCAUAGAAAAAAAUUUUUCGCUCCAUAAGUCUGCACAGACAAAACAUUUUUUCCUGGAAUUUUUUUUAAAGAAAGCUCUUUAUGCGCUCUACUUAAUCAUCUAAAAAUGAUGAUCUUUUUUUUUUACCCUGGAUGACACCUUUAUGGAUGCCGUACAGGUGGAUACAGGGCAGAACUCAUUUGAAGAUAUCCGAUAUCCUUAAAAGUGGUGUUUGACCGAAAGGCCAUCUUUGAUGAUGAUUCCGAGACGGAGAAUGGCCAUAACUGACGCUAAACUUACGUUUUAAUUAACAAGUCUACUCACCUAAAUAUCUGAAAUAUGCACUGGGAUAGAGUCGAGUCAAGUGCGCUAGCAAGGCCGACUCGUUGGUAAACUCUAGGAUCCAUGCAACCGUCACCUUAACCUUGCCAAUUGCCUUCAGCUGAUUAUCCAAUUGCAACUUCCUUACGUAUCAAGUAGUCACCAUUCAUUUAGAAUUGAUAUCUACUCAACUUACAAAUAACUAUAAGUGGCCGUUUCAAGAAGGGCGCCUUCCAAUGGCCGCUUCAGUUCUCAGUAGGUGGUCGACUCAAGUUAACAAGUUAACGGAAAAUAAAAAAGAGGAAAAGAAGGAGGUGGGGAGGCCUAUCAAGAUAUCAAUACAGUGAAAAGAGUGGCCGUUCGUCAAUGACCUGAUCCACAUAAGAAACUCACUCCAUUACAUCAAAAGGACCGAUGGAAUUGAUAUCCUAGUACUGACUGAUGCCCACGCAACAUUCGAUCGCUGGUACUUUAGCUGCCUACCGAGUGAACGACUUCCAUUGGUAGUUAUACAAUCAUGUAACAUGAGUAAUGCUGGAGUAGUGAGGACCAAAUCGAAACAAUUAGCAAGAGCAGCGACCCAAAUCUGUUGCCAAAUAAUCCCGAACAGCACUUCACAAUCGACAAUACAUCCUGAUAGUCAAGCAUCGAAACGUCGUGUUUCAUCGAAGUGGUUAUCGCAAGAAAAAGCGAUUAAACCGACUUUUUUUCUCGAAACAACAACAAAAAGAUGGAGUCUAAAUCAAUUCCGACUUUUACCUUUCGAUAGUAGUCUACAAAGUCAACAAAAAUGGCGAUUUAAGUAAAAACGUUCCUUUAUGACACAAUUGCCGAGUAUAGAUGAUUAACGUCAUUGUCAGUUGCACUUGUACUAAGAGCGAUUGUUUUAUGUACCUAACUUAAACCUCCAGGCUCUCUGUUACUGAUUGGUACGUUUUUACAGAAAGGUAACUCGAUCUGCAAACUCGUUUCCAGCGUUCUCUGAGCACUCUCCGAGCAAUCGCUUUCAAGGUAGCCUGUUCCAAGCGUUCAGAUAGUGGAGAGCGGUGUGGAGUAGAGAAAGCAAUGAAAAGUAGAGGGGGACUGGGGAGAGAGGUGCGGGAACGCUUGUAAGAAUUCUUAACAAAAGUGCGUUCCGGUAUACCAGAUCCUGGUAUACCCUCUGAUUGGUUGAUUUUGACAGUUUUUGUCAACAGUGGAGCGUCUUCGAUCACAGCGAGAAAUGCGAUAUGGCCGUUAUGACAGACUCUACGUGCCGUCACGCAGAAUUCAAACUCGCAACAAACACAGCGCUGAGUGACUUUCCAAACGUGGAGGCUAAAAGCGAAGAGCAAAGAAACUGUUUAAAACACGUAGUCGGUAGGAUAGAUGUCUUAGCAAUUUCUCACCGACUGGCUUUGGAAAAAAUUCUUAUGUUCCAGUUUUUCCUCGAAUAAAGCGUGCGUUGGAAUGAAGGCAGGAUAGAAUGCCAUUUACGAUUGUUGUGGUAACUCCGUUGAUUACCAGUAUGGACCAAGUGGAAUAUUUGAACAAGUCAGAUCGGAGUAGCGGCGGCAAUGAUGGGAGAAGAUAUGGAUGAAGCCGUUAAAAGUGGAAGCUGUGAAAUUGUUUACUGAAGUGCCAAAUCGUGGUUGUCUAAUGAAUGGACAAAAGGACUUCAAAAAGAAAAGCUUGGAAAGCAAGUUGACGCUAUCGCUAUUGACGAGGUCCACUCAAUCACCGAAUAGUAAAUUUUCCCUUCAAUUGUUGUGCAUUUUCAUUGCUUGAGUUAACGAUCUGUAUUGAAACGGCUUUCUAUCGAAAUGAGCGAUAUUUGUUUGUCACUUGAUUCAUAAUUUUUUGUCACGUACACGCUGAAAUCAUGUUUUUAAAGCCGUAAAUAAAUUCAUUAUACAUGAAUACUUCUCCCGCCUUCUAUUGUCUGAAAGUCUUACAUUGGGUUUUUAGUAAGAUUAUGUAUACAUAAUAUUAAUUUUUGAUCUGACAAACUUCGAUUUAUUCGCAAGAAAAAUAAUAAAUGCAUCGGGCUGUAACACCAGUCUUGAUUGACAAGUGAAGACCACCUACAGCUGAUGCGGUCUGACUGGGCGGAAGAGUCUAUUUAAAACAAAUCUAACAGGCGUUCCCUCUCUCACCUCUCCUCCUGCCUCGCUUUUACUUUUUCGCGCUCCCUUUUACUUUGCACCGCUCCCCACUAUCUGAACGCCUGGAACAGGCUACGUUCAAGGAAACUUUUUAAGUCCAUUUAGAAAAGAAGAAAAUGUUUGCAUUUUGUCUGAAAUAACUGGACAUAAUAAUUCAUUUUUAAUAAAAUGCUUUGUUUUCCAUAGCUGUUUCUGACUUGUUGUAGACAAUAGGACUCCAGUGAAAUUGUUAUAAAACUUUAAAAAGAUAUUUUGUACUUCCCACGCGAAAAGCGUGCAUCAAUAAAUGGUAAAUAGGCGUGGCAAAGGCUUAAAAACAGUCAUAUCAUAUUUUUCCCUAUACCUUGUUUCCCUUAUUCUUUUCUGACUCUCUAUAACUUCGCGUGGUUUUUGCGAUAACGUAUUUUUGGUUAGGAUAUUAACAAUUAUCACAAUUCAGCCGUUCGAGAAGGUUGUUGUCCACCGCCGACCGUUAGUCUGAAUACAGCUGGUUUUGAAGAGUUUGCCAAGGGUCGAAGCCAAUCGGAAACGGAGAAAUAUUUGAAUGAAUAAUAAAAUUAUUUAUUUAAACAAAAUUGAGUUACAUAACCACUGCACAAAACUUGCUUUUAUUGCCAAUAACAAAUUAGAUGCCGCCAUUUUUAUGAUUCGCUAAGAAAGCCGACUGCAUACAGACCUGUUCAGUUCGCGAUUUUACCUGGUAAGUUGAAGCUAUUGUCAAUUUUUUUUUUCGACUUCUUCAUUGUUAAACUUUCCAUUCUAUUAAUUAUCAAGCCUUGAAAAUAUUGAUUCUUCUACAGUUUCAAUAUUCACUGGCAAAUUGUUACUAUUGUCGCGAUGUCAGACUUCUAACCACAAGAUAUUAUAAAAUAUUCAGUCACUACGAUCAUUCAUAUUCAUUUGUUUUAAUAACGUACUUGUCUCAAGAGGAUGUUACUAAAACGGGGAACGGGGAGCGGGGAGCGGGGAACGGGGAACGUAAGUCUGGGAACGAGUUGUCAGCGGAAACCUCCAUAAAAAUCCAAUAUGGCCGAUGAUCGAUGAUAGAGAACCGUCGAAACAAACUUAACCGAUAACGGCGUUACUUUACUUGAACUAUAUGCUCAUGAGGUGCUUGAAAUAAUACGGAGGUAAUAACUUCAUGACGUUUUUCACCUUUUUGCGUUUUACUAAACAAUUAUCCGUAGGAAACAAAAUGUGCUCCAACAGCAGUUGAAAGAAGCCAAUCGGGACAAAAACUCUCAAAGCACAUGUACAGCCAUAUUUGGAACUCAAGCGAAUCUAUACUGAGUCUAGCCCACAAAAGAAAUUAACUACUUUUCCAUGAUAGAUAACAUACAUCGAAGUAGUCAAGUAGCUUGUGUGCAAACUUCUUCUGUUUCCUUUGAUAGAGAUGACUGCUUUGAAAAAUGUUAUUGACCACGUCAUCACAUAAUUAGUAAGACUACUUUAACAAUCUGGUUCUGCUUUUAAUAUUAUUAGAUCUACUACACUGCAAGCAUUCAUGAUAUUGAAGUGUUUCACUGAUCCAUGAAAAUAAAAUAAUAUCAUUUUAUUAUUUCGUGAAACAAUUUGUUUCAGGUCAGUUUGCCCAGUAUAGACCAGUAUAAUGACCCUAAUGGAACCUAAUUCACUCAUUUUCCUCACCCUAAUCAGUAACUGCUUCAAAGUCGUACAGUGGCCAUUUGUCUUUCUGCGAAAUACCCCUGACGACCCUUUCCUGAAUCAAAACCAUUGGAUGGCAUUGAAUGCAACAUUCUCACUCACUGCAGAUCCUCAAUUAACCCCCCGCCCCCCCUAUGAAUGAGAUCCCAAACCCCUCCCUUUUGAAGAAAAAUGUCGUAAAAUAAUCAAAGUACCUCUUCAUGGGCACGAAACGUUUGGUGCAAUUCAUACCAUACAAUAUCGCUGUAUCGCUGUAUCGCUGUUCUCGGUGCAGGAGGAGGGGGUACUAUAAUGACCUAAACAGAGCCUGACGCCUUUUUCAGGCUUUAGGUACAUGAAAGGGAAGGGGUUGUUAUAGUUGAAGUAUAUGAAAGGGACCAAAAUGAGAUCAGUCACAGAUGCAUUUUAUGGAUGUGAGAGACAAGAAAACCUGUUUUUGUAAAGAUGGUGUAUUUACAGCAGUUAAAAAGGGAUGCAGCGUUCAAAAUUAGGUAUGUGAAAGGGGUACCAUUUGUCACUAGAGGGUAUACAAAAGGGGUACCUUUUCUGUCUAAAAUGGUACAUACAAAGGGUAAAGGGUUGGUCCCUGGGGCAGAGCCUCUUUGGUGAGUACUCCCCCCCUCCCCUCUAGGUUACUGUUACUCUAGUCUGAUUCUUCUCUUUAAUUUCUUUCAUACUGUGCUUCAUUAAAUGAAUUAAAAUUCAUUUAAAAGCUUCUUGCCCCUUUUUUGAAAACCCCGAUAUGUUAAAAGAAAUUAUGUCCCCUGGAGGGGAAAUAAAAUCAGGGAAAAUGGGUAGCAAGAUCUAUUGUGUUAUUUUACAUGCAUUGAGUAAGCGUAAUGUGGAAACUAUACACAUACAGUUGCGUGUGUUUACUGAAAAACAUAUCGGCACUCCAAUCUUUUGCCUCCCAUCACUUGUGUGAGACCUUAGACUCGUUAUUUCCAAAACUACAGACAGCUUGCUUGAAGGCUUAUCAACCACCUUCUAAUAAGCUGCCAGCCUCUGCAACAUUGAUGAUGUGAUGCUUGAUGGUAGGUGCACUGCAAUAUUACUGAAUCAAGCUAAUAAAGCAGCUUGGCAAUAUUAACUGGUUUAAGUCACUGACACAUUCAGUUUUACACUGAGCUUGAAAUAUUUUUCUCCACAGUAAAAAUAAUGUUCAUUAAAGAGAAGCAGAGCUCCCCUCUGCAAAAACAUUAAAGGAGUGCCCCUAGAAAAAAAAUAAGCAUCCAGAGGGCUAAACAGAGGAAGUAUGCUUACCAUGCAUAUUUUAACAGCUAGCCUUUAGAAAGUACCUUCCAACCAAAGACUUCAAAGUACUUCCCCCACGUAUACUUGCAACACUUAAUAUUGCAGCUCAGUUGUGGUUCACUUUUAUCCUAAGUUUGAAUUUUAUUCUCUUUGUUUUGAACUCAUAAUCAUAAAAUUCAUAUUACCGUACCCCCAAACAAAGGGAAGCAAAAUUUAAACCUAGGUUAUAAUUAAAUAAAACCACAGCAUAGCCAUUUGCUUUGAAACAACUGAUAUCUUUAAGACCAAGGUAUGAUUGAUGUUCCUGGCACAUUCCCCGUUAAUAUGUUUAAAGUUGCCUUUUAUUGAUGUAUUAAAUAACCUGAUCAUCUUAUCUUUUCAAAUAAUACAAUUGCACUUACUUCUCAUCAUAGGUUUGUAAAUAUAAUAUUAUUAGACUUACAGUUUUAUCUCAUCGCCAACAUGUUUUAAUUUGGGCUUGAAAAAACGCUACAGCUAAGAAGGAGCUCCACUGCUACACUAUUACUGUCGAGGAAAUACACCUGGCUGCUUCGAUCUACGUUAUCUUUCAGCAUGUAUUUAAGCCAAAACCCUACGAAAAGCGUCAAGCAAAAGUAGUUCAUUGCUUUGUGAGUUAGACCCAGUAUAGAUUCGCUUGAGUUCCAAAUAUGGCUGUGCUUUGAGAGUUUUUGUCCCGACUGUAGCUUCUUUCAACUGCUGUUGGAGCAUAUUUUGUUGUUUAGUAAAACGCAAAAAGGUGAAAAAUGUCAUGACAUUAUUACCUCCGUAUUAUUUCAAGCACCUCAUGAGCAUAUAGUUCAUUAGUAAAAUAGCGACCUUAAGUGUUGUUUCGACGCUUCUCUAUCAUCGAUCUUACCGGGUCCUUGAUCCUUACCGGCCAUUUUGGAUUUUUAUGGAGGUUUCCGCUGACAACUCGUUCCCAGACUUCCGUUCCCCGUUCCCCGCUCCCCGCUCCCCGUUCCCCGUUUUAGUAACAUCCGUCUCAAGAAGGUUUAUGAAAAAAUAUCUCCAGGGGGUAUAAUUUGGCCGAAAUCUGUUUUCAUUCUGUCAACCUUGGGGCUUUAAUUAAAUUUGCACUCUUCCUCAAAAAUUGUGAGCCAGCAUAAUGUUUUAAGGGCAAAAAUACAUUUUCAGUUCAGGACACAUGUUGCCGUAUGGUGAAACAUAUAAAAGAAGGGUCUGGUCAAUUAUAACUCUGAAACAAAUUAUAUAUCAGCUACCUGAGUAGUUAAAAUUAAACAACUCAUAAACACUUGGCGCGUAUCAUUUCAUCUCAAACGCUUUUAACAUUCUAUUUCAUGUUGAUUCUGAUGUGAUGCCAUUUCGUAAUAGUUAAGUGCUUAUACUGAAACUUUUCACCGAACACUAGUUUUGAGAGAAAAGAACGAAAAACAACAGAAAAUCCUUUUUACCUCUUGAUAAAUUGCCAAUAACAAAUUUAGUCUGUUUAUUAGUAAGUUCUAAUUUUGAUCAUCAGAGGUAAUUUAAAGUUUGACUUCUAAUUAAAAGUAUUUUGAAUAUAGUCUUCAAAUACAGCUCACCGGUGUACAGAACGCGUCACUUGCUUGGAACCGUCAAGGAGAAUUUUCCACGGUUCAAUCAGAACCUAAGCAAUAUUAGCAAAAAGGAGAUCGCAACAUGAACCCUGUGUUGGAGAGAAAGCCCUGGGAUGUUCACAGUGGAAUUUUUGCUGUUUCUGCCGUGUGUUUAGGUAAGCGGACUACGGCCGUGAACGGCAAAAGAAAAGGCAGCUUGUUAUAUUCAAUCGUGUCUUCCACAGAAUUUUAAGAUAAAUUACUGUCAGUGAAUAUUUUGAUAAAACGAUAUGAAGAUCUUAAUCUUAAAAACCAAUUGAAAAUACACCAGUUCUUAGUCUGGGACAGUGUUUUAUUUUUUUAGGAGGGAGAUCAGUUGAUCUUGAGCAGUACCCUUCGUGGCAUAACGAAUAACAGUCAAAGCAUCAUUUAUUCAAGUCUUUCGUUAGAUGAAUGUAUAAUGAAUGAAUUGUGACUGGGGUGUUUAUAAAAACAAAACAAAAAGCAGAAAUAACUUCCCUGUUUUAAGCGAAAACAUGUUUCCUCCAACUAUAAACGUUUUGGAAGAUAUACUUCUAACCGACUUUAUGCUAAACUUUAACCUAUUUUCAACGUUAAUUACAGCCUUUUGGAUGACGUCUGAUCUUCGGAUCGCCACGUAGAAAACAAACUCCGCGAAAAUUAUAAAAGGAAAUUUCGCGAACCUAACUGAAUUGUGAUUUACUAGAAAAAUCUGGACAAUUAGAAGUUAAGAAGAACGUACUUAAUUAAAAAAAGUCCAUUUUGGAAUUAAUAAAAUUCAUGUACUUUACUUAAUACAGAGACAUUGCGAUGCUAUAUUUACGGAUGUUUGAAGUCUGGAUAUAAUUUUAGGAUGUCUGCCAUUGAAUCUGCAGGGUUAAAACGAACAGCAAAUUAUAUUUAUUUUGCAAGAUUUUGGCACGAAGACUUAAUAAUUGUACGUAAACAAGAUCUUUAAUCCCAGAAUACAAAGCCUUGAGGGAAACUACGUUGCUCUAAAGAUAUAUUUGCUCAAAUAUAUAUCUUUCUCGGGAGGACAGAAUUCCAUGUAAAACUGUUGACGGGGGUACGAUGAUCGUCGGAAAUUCAAAUUAAAUCCCAAAGGGAGACCAAUGAGGGUGUGGCUCAAGUUUAAACUGACGCCUGAGGGAGAUUUCUGUUUGGUCAGUGUCAGGGCAUUUUUUGUAAAUAUUUUUAUGCACGGUACUGAACGAUACCUGAGUGGGUAAAUAUAGUGACUUUCCAUCCCAAAUACCUAGAGCGAGACGACGAGCAUCCCAUAGAGUAGUAGCAAUGACUAAGCGUAAGGUCAAGAUGGCUGGAUAUUGGCCUCGUUCGUUUUGCGUUUUUACAGACCGAGACGAAGUCGAGAUCCAUAAAAGGCAAAAAUGAAUCGGGUCAAUAUUCGGCCAUCUGACGAAACAAGCUUGGUUCGAAUAAAGAAUUAAUUAUUUGGCCAAAAAGAAAACUUUUUCUUGCGCCACUUGGGUAGCUAAUUAGAACAAGAAACUCGUUUCAUCUUGCCCGCUCGCGGGAGGCAGAGGCUACGGGCAGAAAAAAAAUUAAAGCCAAAGGACCAUUGUUUCACAGGCUUAAUCCUGAUCAUUGGACUUCUUGGCAAUGGAAUCGUGCUAGCAGUAAUCUCAAACUUGCGCCGGCGAGGUCACAAAACGUCCGUUCAGCUCUUCCUCGUUAACUUGGCCGUCUCAGAUCUGAUGGUGUGUUUGCUGUGCAUUCCCCUGACAAUCUUCAUAAAUUUUUAUUACCCAAAUAAAAUAGCCGAAAGAGAUGUUGGUUUCUGCAAGCUGGCACGAGUUACGCAGGUAAAGAUUUUAAUGUACAAUGUAUUAACCGUAACGAUUUCAGAGGACCUGGUGGAAGUGAUAGGCGUCACACCACUAAUCAAGCAAAAUAAUUAAAAGUAAUGUUUCAGUGAAAACAGUAGUCUGCUACACAGCCGUUUUUAGUGUCGUCACGCAAUUAGUGGGGAAGAGCGUUGCGUGACGACUCUAAAAACGGCUGUGUAGCAGACCAUGAAAACAGUUAAGAUCAAAGCUCUUUAAUCUCGCGGGAAUAAUGUUCCCAGGGCACCAGUUCAUUCGUUUCCUAGCGACGCACGUCAACUAGAAGAAGCCUUUUUGCAAUAUUUAGCAGUAAUGUCUCGCCUAAAUGUUUCGGCAAGUCCUCUCUACAAGAGCCAAGACACUAUAGCUAAACAUUACAAAUUUCAGCGUCAGCAACGUCAAGAAUUAAAAGGGAAAACCGCAGCGCACCUCACUUUCCUUUGAUGUGAGUCACCAAAACGCUUUGUUUAAAUUUCCACUAUAUAAUUAUGCCCCGACAAAGGAAAUAAAUAGUUGAACCAAUCAGAGACAACAAACGGAACUUUCUCCUGCGCCCACUUAGGAAACAUCAGUAACAAUUAAUAAACGCGUCUUUUCCUGUCUUCAAGAAAAGUGCGAUUUUGUUGCUCAUUAAUAUGUGGGCAUGUCCUUUUGUUAAUUGCCGGAAUUGGUUUGGUCAAUAAGUCAGGAGAUUUUGAAUCGGAAAUCUAAAGCCGAAUGUCGUGUUCAGUGAUUACUGUACAACGUUUUGUAGUGUACAUAAUUCUUCCAACGAAUCCGGUUACUUUUCCGCUAGUGAUCAUAUGAGUUUGCGGUAAAACCAAUUGAGAAGAAAAUGACGGGCGUAAAAGUUCCCGCUUAAAUGUCUCUGGAUUUAUCGAUGUAGGCGAACGCUUGAGAAUCCAAAUACCCUGAAUAUAUUCAAUGUGAAAACACUUAUAAAUGCAAAAACCACUGGCCUCCAGUGCAAACCUUGCCUGUUAUUUUACAGUACGAAAUAUGGUAAUAAUAUACAACUUUUCGUAUCUUCUCCACCUGUAGUCAAACCAUAUCCACAGUAUUCAAUAUUUACUUUAUUCCUUUUCCGUAGCACCUUAACCCUGUAAUCUCAGUCAGCCUGAUGACAGCAAUAAGUAUUGAUCGGUACAUGACAUUUGUGAAGCAGGAACUAACGUGCAUCAAUAGAUCUUGGUAUCUCAGGCCGGCCUGGUUGAUCUUCUUUGCUUGGGUAUACGGUACAGUUCAAUGCCUUCCGAUUUUUUAUACAAGCAAUUUCAUUCCUCUUGAUUAUAAUAACAGCACCAUCUACUACUGCAGUACUACACACGGCCAAUCUCUUGUUGGGACGAUUUACCUCGUUGCCUCAGUCUUACUUGGGUUCGUGAUACCUUUAGCAGCCUUAACUAUAUCAUAUCGCAGAAUUAUAAAAGUGAUAUCGACCAGGGAUCGCAGACUUUCUGCGACUGUAGGGGAUAUAUCCAAUCCCACAAUCACAAAUGCCAAGUUGCUGGAAAGGUCCAGGAAGAGAGUUCUUCGCGUCUUGGUGAUUGUAGUUGUUUGUUUUGUCGUCUGCUGGUUGCCUUUCGCUGUCUACUUUGGGCUACUGGUGCAGCAUCUCAGGGAAUUUCCAAACGUUAUGGAUCCGGUGAGUCUCAUAACCUAUGGACUGGGCAUAUCAAACUCAGUCUUUAACCCUUUUAUUUACUUCUUCAACGUUUGCGGUAAGUCCUGUCGUUCUAUGAGAAGUAGAUUUCUUGAGGUAAUGGGAAGUAGUCGGGAGAGGACAUCACUGGAAAGUGUAGGAACAAGUUCGACCUGUUCAAGGACCGCCUGCGUAGCCGAACAAGACAAGGACAUAGUAGAGUUAGAUGCAACCUCUCCUUCUCCUGUCCGAUGA